AUGAGAGUGAUCAUCAGAGAAACCGCCUUGGAGGCUUCAGAGUAUAUCGCCGAUUAUAUCAUCAGUCGUAUCAAAGCCUUUAAGCCCACAGAGGAUCAACCUUUUGUUCUUGGCCUUCCGACGGGUAGUAGUCCCGAAGUUAUCUACAAGACCCUCGUGCAACGUCACAGAGCAGGAGAGAUUUCCUUUAGGAAUGUCGUGACCUUCAAUAUGGAUGAAUAUGUCGGGCUACCCCGCGACCACCCUCAAUCAUACCACAGCUUCAUGUAUAAACAUUUCUUCUCCCAUAUUGACAUCUCGCCCCAGAAUAUCAAUAUCCUUGAUGGGAACGCCUCUGACCUCGCUGCUGAAUGCGCCUCUUUUGAGGCAAAGAUCGCCCGCUGCGGCGGUAUCGAGCUCUUCCUGGGUGGUGUUGGCCCUGACGGACACAUCGCAUUCAACGAGCCAGGAUCAUCCCUCAGCAGUCGCACCCGAGUUAAGACCCUGGCUUACGACACGAUUCUGGCAAACUCUCGGUUCUUUGGCGGAGACGUGGACAAGGUACCCCGAAUGUCCUUGACCGUUGGUAUCCAAACUAUCAUGGAAGCUCGGGAGGUUGUUAUUGUGGCCACUGGCGCUCACAAGGCACUGGCGGUGGAAAAGGGCCUCGAAGGUGGUGUCAAUCAUAUGUGGACCCUUUCAGCCCUCCAGUUGCAUCAGCAUCCGCUGAUCGUAUGUGAUCGUGAUGCGACACUGGAACUCAAAGUCAAGACAGUCCGCUAUUUUGAGGCGAUUGAACAAUCCGGUACUGAUGCGCGUACUCAAGGGCCGCCUCUUGUUUACCGGCCGAGGACCUAUGUUCCUGCUCCUAUGGGGGCGAGCAAAACGAAUCAGCAACCCACCCCAGCGUCAACACCGCCGAGGGUUCCCAAGGACCUGAGAAUCAAUACUCAGCUCAACCAGACGUUAGAUGACGAGGAGUUGACGCCUGAUAGCAUGUCUUCCCGAAUGGUCGACUCAGCCAUCAGUGGACUCGACUCGACCUUGAAGGGGGAUCUGAUGUUCGAUCGCAUGGGCACUCGAGUUAUCUCUCACUGA